ACAUCGAUAGGUGCAUAACUCCACAGAGACCUGUCUUGUAUCCAGGAUUGGUUGUGAUUUUUAUACAACAUUGAAAUAAAGUAAUUCAGGCCUGCAGAAGGAUUUCUUCUCACAUGUGGCUAUGUUUCUGCUCAUUAUCUCAGUUAUUGUUACAUCAUAACUUUCACAAGUGCUGAGUUGGGUAAAGAACUACAAGUACCAUUCACGUAUUUACAUUUUCUCCGCAGUUCAAAUUUAAUAAAUUUCAUAUAUUCACUUUGCAUUCUUCACCAUCUACGGGUAUAAUACGAAUCCACAAAGUGACCGAUUGGUGUACAUGUUGAUGAUAAUGUGCACAUGAGUAGAUGUUGUAGUGUUAAAGCUUAAGCUUAUCUAAUUUUUCGCAUUAUCAUGAAUCAAUAUAAUCCCUGUUUCUACAAUCAAAUGCAUAUAACACACGUUAAUUUCUGAUGUUUUUUUCCCAAACGCUCGAUUCAACGGAAAGGAACUAGUAAAAUUUUCACGAAUGGUACUUAUCGACGAAAGAUCAAUGAACUUAAGCUUAUAUCUUCAAUUUAGUCUCAUAUAUAUCCUAUCAUGCACUCGUACGCGUAAGCUCGGGCAACGAGACGUUUGACGAAAAGGUCACUCCAAGCCUUUAAAACAAUAGUUAAUUGCCCAAGAAUAUCAGAAAAAGGAAGCCAAAACAUACCCAACAUGGAAUAAGCUCCUCUUAAGGAGGGAGAUACCAAUCGUCGGGCGGCACAACGAAGCAUUUCUUCAAGUUCCUCUUUCGCUGCAAUCUCAAAAUGGCGACCGGUCACUAGUACCCGUCAGUCUUUGCGGACUCACAUUUUUGUGAGGCCGCUGGGAAAGAAAAUGCCAACUGCAGACGCAAGAAGCGAAUGUGACAAUCUUCGAGAGGAACGUGAGUGAACUCGGUCGAGAGUGACCGGAGUUAAUUUUGGUUUUAUAAGGAAUACAAUAGUGUCUCCAGAAAGACAGGAUGUAGCAGACCUGCAAACAAAACGGUACGAGGGCUUAAAUGAGCAUCAUCGACGGAGAAAAUGAGUUUGACGGUGAUGACAAACACGAAGAACCAAAACUACAAUGGGCUUCAUUCAAACAAUACCAUCAACUAUAUGCAGUUGGGACAAGUGCUGACCACAUUGCUAUUAAAUCAAUGAUUGAUUGUGUUUUCCCAGAUCAGGAGCAUGAAAAAGAAACAGAAUGCAAAGAACCACCAUCGCAGGAAACAGUUUUUAGUGUGCCUUGUUUGGCAUCAAUUCUUUUUGACAAGGAAAUGUGCGCUUCCCAAUAUGAAGUAAAUACUAAGCUUGGGUGCAGUAGCAGAGAUUCUGCAAGGGAAGAAAGUCUUUGUACAUGGAAAGCACUGUUACAUAGUUUCUUUCAAAAGAAAACUAUUGAACUGAGUCAGGAAAAAUGGAGAAGGAACUUUCUUCAUUUAUUUUCCUUAAAGACAGAUUCAUCAUGUACACUGGAGAAAAGUGAAGCAGCAACUGCCACAAGCACAAAAUGUUCUUUGUUAGAUGUUUCAGAUGACCAAAGCAAGAAAAUUCACAACAAGCCGGAUCCUAUAUAUAGUGGUUUUGGCAAGCUAAAGAAUGGAUUUUACGUUUCUUCAAGUGGGCUGGUGUUUUCUAGUGAAUUUGAGCUUGAGAGGUUUAAUGCAAAGAUGGCUGAAAUGGACAAAAAAUUCAAACAUGAACUGCUCUUGAUUAAACAUCAGCACAGCAAAUUGACGGCUAAGACAGAGGAGCGGAAAUUGCUGCCUCAAAGAACUGAAAGUCAAGAAUCCGAUCAUGAUGAGGAGCCAAGAGAAAAUCAGAAGUUAAACAAGGAAAAUAAACCCAAGGACAAAGUAGAAAGGAAAUCAGGAUUAUUUGCAUCAUUACAAGCUUCUUUGAGUGCAGCAAGGACUGGAAUUCAGGGAUUUUGGGACAAGUCUUCACCAAAGGAGCAUAGACGUUCGGCUCAAGAAGUAUCCUCUGAGGACAAUGAUGAUAGUGAAGACGACACAGGAAAAUUGACACAUUGUCCAAAUUCAAAAGUUCCUGAAGUGGAUGGUUUUGAUAAUCAUGAUGAAUUUACAAGAGAAAUGGAAGCAAAAGGAGGUUUAACUUACGAGAGUGUUGACAGAACAGUCCAGCAACUAUCCCAUGAUGCAUUGCCUCCCCCACUCUCUCUUCGACAACUUCAAGCUGGAGAUCAGUCAGACAAAUAGAAAUGAAAUUAUUAAAAUAUUUAAUAUUAAAUUUACAUUCUGUUCUGUAGGUUAUACAUUAUAUAAAGGGCCACAUUUGACCAGUGUGCCGGUAUUAUGGAAAUAACCUGUUUCAAAGAAAGGAAAAUAAUAGAUCUGUUCUUAAUUAUGGAAUGAAAAUAAUAGUAGUAAUAUUUGUUCUUUUUGAGAAAGAAGAAAAGAAAGAUAUGACAACAUGUAAGGUACAUAUUCUUUAUAAAGAAAUUAUGUUUAUUCUCAGAGUAAGUCUUCAAAUUUGAUUCUUGUAAAUAGAAUAAUAUAUGGUUUAGUCAUGUGAUUGAUAUGCCAGCAUACCACAUAUUUUUAAACAGAUUAUUGUUUUGGCAAUGGAAACACAUUUGAAGAAUAUAGGGAAAAAAAACACAAAAAUGGGAUUUCAAGAAUGCUUAUUUAAUCUGUAGAAUGAGAAUGGUUUAAGCAUAUAUGUAGAUGAGCCUUUCAAUGAUGGUAAUGAGGAUGAUGAUUCAAUAAUAACUGACUCUACCAAUGCAGAACUUUUCACUUGAAACAAUACAAAUGUACAAUUCUGGAGAGAUUGACUGGGAUGGAGUCAAAAUCCAUGAUAAGGAGACCAUGGACAUCGAAAGAAAAAUCAAAGGGGGCCAUACAUAUCAGAUCAGAUCCAUUUGGGAGUUGGCUAUUUUCUAGAGCAACAUAAUGAUUGGAUUUUAACUUAUGAACCUUAAAUGUUGCCUUGAGCGUGGAAAAAUAUUACUCAAACCACACUGGUCUUUGUUAAUUUUCAACCCAAGAGCUUUUGCAAGUGAACAAUGGAAAACUAAACAUGUGCUGCCCCACAAAAUACCCGUACUCUACCCAUGGAAGGUUUUUUGGCUUGAACUCCCACCUCUACAGAAAUAUCAGUUUAGUAGUAGCAGCAGUGGUGGCAGUGGCCAUUAGUUUUUUUCUUCUUUGUUUUUUUUUUUUGCAGGGGCAAUUGUAGUGGUAGUAGUAGUAUCAACCAUGCAACCACACAAUAUAUAUAUAUAUAUAUGUAAGUUAUAAGGUAUCAUGUUUCAAAGAGAAUUACAGAGGGAGUGAUAUGACGAUGAAAAUAUUCCUGUAAAAAUAUGGUACAUUGAAGAUAUUUGCUUCAAAGGUUAAUUUUCACCAGCAUUUUUUAAAGUGGAUUUUAAUAAAACAAUUGCUUUCUUUCAAGUUGCUUUCA